CAGAGAGAGAGAGGGGGGGGGGGGGAUGGUGAAAGAUAGUAUUAAUAGCUGCUACUAUAAUAACGAUACCUAUGCAUCAUUUACAACAAGAGGAGGUGGUGGAGGAGGAGGAGGAUCGUCUGUAGUGAUGAACAUGGACAUGGAAGUGGAGAAACCUCCAUGGUUGGAGGGUUUAAUGGGAGAGACAUUCUUUGGUGUUUGUGGGAUCCACGAAAAUCUAAGGAAGAAUGAGAAGAACAUCUUUUGCUUGCACUGCUGCCUUAGUAUUUGCCCUCACUGUCUUCCUUCUCAUCGCUCUCACCCACUCCUUCAGGUGAGACGAUAUGUUUAUCACGAUGUAGUUCGAUUGGAUGAUCUGGAGAAGCUCAUUGAUUGUUCCUACAUUCAGCCGUAUACUAUAAAUAGUGCAAAAGUGAUAUUCUUGAACCAGAGGCCACAGAGCAGGAGUUGCAAGGGAUCUGCCAAUGUUUGCUUCACUUGUGACAGAAUUCUCCAGGAGCCAUUCCGCUUCUGCUCUCUCUCUUGCAAGGUUGAUCACUUGGUGUAUCAAGGGGAGGAUCUGUCAAGGAUAAUAUACAGAUUUAAUGAAUCAGAUUUUGCAAUUGAGGGAUUGAGGAUGGAUGGGUCUGAGAUCACUGAAGAUGAUGCUCAAAUUACCCCAAGCUCCAUCCUGGAAGACACAUUGCAGUACAGAGGCUCCUCAUGCUCCAAUGACACCAUGGACAAUUCGGGAAUUUCACGCUGCGAAACCACCCCAAAGAAGAAGAAGAAAGGCAGUGGAUUCCUCCCUGGGAUUGUCCUCUCACUUGGCAGCAGAAGAAAGGGUGCACCCCAUAGGGCUCCUCUCUCUUGAUUGAAACCAAUUUAAUCACAAAAAGGGUCUAGAGUUGAUGAAUAAAAUCUAGAUAGUAUAGAGUCUAAUACUAGAACGUCUUAAGUUGUAUGGAUGGAUUGAACAUAAUUAGUUAUUUUCCUCUCCCUUUUCUUCUGUUAAUUAAAGUUGCAUGGAGAGCAAUAUUCAUUACUGACUGUAGGUGUAGUCUCUCUUGACUCCACCAAUUUUGUAUUGAUGUCAUGUAAUGGGGUUUGUUCUAUGUAUAUGCUAUUUGUAUCGUACUUUUAUGAAUCCAACGUUAUUUGUAA